AUGUCCCCACCGAUCCGGCGACGCGCCGCCGCGUCCAUCAAAUCGCCCGACGCCCGACGCACCAUCCCGCUGUCCCCGCUGCCCCGCAUCGGCGACCACUCCGCGGGCACGCCCCUGAGAUCCCCCGUCAAGUACGCAGUCACAAAAAACCUCGCCGAGCGCGCCGCCGCGAAGGACCACAAGGAGACCCAUCCUCGGGACAAAGAAAACGCCUCGCCUUCCCCGAAACGGCCCAUCGCGAGCAAGUAUUCUUCCGCGCAGGCGUGGCUGGACGACGCCACGCACGCCACCCCUCCUCCCGCGGGCAUGACCUCCGACGACUAUUCAUCCGCCAAGGCUUGGCUCGCCGACGUCAAAGACGAGCCCGCGACGGGGUGGACCCGAGGCGACUUCCGAAGGUGGUGCUCGAUGAAACUCGGCGACGGUUCAUCUUCCGUGUAUUGGUGCAUCCAGGGCGACCUGUUCGAGUACCCGAGCGGUAAGCUGCUCGCCAAGGUGGAGGGCAUAGACGUCGCUCGGUCGGUGGUUGAAAGCGACGGCGACGCGUGCCACCAGCUCAGCCGCAAGCUCUUCGUCUUUCGCGAUCCUCGCACGGGCGCGGUCAUGAAACAGUUCGACGGCAAGCCCGUGACGCACGUUCAGUACCCGUACCAGCACAUCACGUACAGGCGCAACGCGCACGGUCCGGUCACCACGGAGGUUGCGAUGGGCGCCGGUAAGGCGCUGACCCGCAUGGCCGGCAACGCCGUCGAGGUGCGACGAAUCGAGGGCGGCGCCAAGGCGUGUUUCACGUGCCCGGUGUUUCUCGACCUGGACACCGACCAGGGCAAAUACGAGGCGUACGAGAACUACGACUACUUCGACGAUCGGGAUUCCGAUGGGGACGCGAACCGGCGCACGCACAGGUGCGUGUGGACCAGGUUCGGGCCCGCGGCGCCGAUGACGGAGGACGGUGUGUUGCACGCCCUGGCUUGGCGGGUGGACACGUGGCGCGAGGUGCCGGAAAGAAUCCGAAAGUACGUGGAGCGCGAGGCUCCAACGUGGAGAGACGCGCCGCGAGAUAUGGACGAGAUCAAGCGGCUACAGCGGGAGGUGAAGGCGCCGCCGUUCGGGAUGUGA